AUGGACAAACCAGCACAACCGCCUCCGGGCCCUCACCCCGCCACGACGUCAGACCCGAACCCGUCAGACAACAACUACAUCUCCCCCGCCAGCCCUCCGCCAGGCUACGCGCCGCCACAUCACCACCAGCACACCCCGGGCCCUCAAUCCCAAGGCUACGAGAUGCCCAAAUACGGCAGCCCUCCAGACCCAAACGCCGGAGGAGGGUAUUACAACCCCCAGCAACCACACGCACAGCAAUCCUUCCCCCAAGGCGGCGGCGGCCCCCAAAACUUCGCUCCGUACGGCACGCCCCUCCCCGCCCUCGGCCCGCACCCGGCGCCCAUCGAGUGCCCCGACUGCCACGCCCGCGGCGUCACCGCCGUCGAGUACACCUCGGGCGGCUUCACCCACGCCCUCGCCGCCAUCGUCUGCUUCGUGAGCUGUCUGGGCUGCAUCCCGUACUUCUUCACGUCUCUGAAGGACGCGAGGCACAAGUGCGCAAAGUGUGGGAUCCCGCUCGCGACGUACCAUCGCAGCGGUCGCACGGAGGUCCAUUGGCACGGUGCCUACAACGGUUGA